AUGAGUCGCGUGGUCAGCAAAUUGCAGGACAAGGCAACUUCAGAGGGUCCCAAGCCCCCGAUCUCUGAGCCGCCCAAUCUCCGGGCGCGGGUGGAGCAUGUGGUCCAACAGACUUUGGCGCGUGAGAGUUCCAAAGCUACCGGCGGCGCAAAGGCCAAUAAUGCCAAUAGCACCAGCGUGGCUGUGCCACAGUCCAAGGACGGAAGUGGCAGCAACCUGCGUCGGGUGUUGCACAAGAUCGUGGACGACACGAAGUUUACGAAGUCGGCUCCGCCGGCAUCUGAUCGACGUUCCAAGGGGCCCAAGGGCUCCAAGGGCUCGGUGUUUCGCCACUGGCCCACCGAGCCGGAAGCUGAAGCCGAAACCCUGGGAGAGGCUGCGGAGGCUGAGGCCGUUGAGGCUGUGGCAGCGGCUGUGGAGGGUGGCUUCAACUUGGUGGGUUUCUUCAAUGACUGGGAUGCUGAGAACGAGCCCAUGCAGGGUGGCAGUUGGCGGCUGAGUAUCCGCAACGGUGCGCCCAUGGGCAGCCGCAAGGGCGUUCAACGCGAGGAGUUCCAGAUCUUGGAAGAUGGAAGUUGGGACAAAAGACUGUUUCCAGCAGGGGGUACGGAGGAGACCGUGGUGUUGCUCAGGCCCGGUCGCCCCAGCCGUGCGGAGAUGAGCUCGCCCGAGACUCCGGGGCACGGUCGAAAUUGGGCAGUUGAGGGCAAACCUGGUGCAGCAUUUAAGGUCACCUAUAGCUCCAAAGACCGGAGCAUCUCCUGUGAACAUGCCUAG